AUGAUAUGUAUUAAUUGUGGAUGUCAUGUAAAAUCACUAUAUGUAAAGUACUCGAAGAACCAUAUUAGAUUAACUGAUUGCCCGAACUGUCAACAAGUGGUAGACAAAUAUGUGGAAUUUGAUAUGGUGUUGUUGUUCAUCAAUCUUUUAUUGUUAAAGCCUGGCGCUUAUAGACAUUUGGUUUUUAAUUCAUUGGAAAUGAAUCUGAGAGAUUAUCCAGACCAUUUCGAUAACUAUAAUAUUUAUGAUUUUAGAGUAUUUAUAAAAGACUGGGCAUUAUGGUUUAAAAAGUACAAUCGGAUGAACAGAAUUUGGCUGUUAUUGAUCACUUUUGAAGUAUAUUUAACUUGGGUGACAGAAGAAAGCAAGUAUAACAACUAUUAUAAGGAUUAUAAAUUUAAUUCACGAUACAAAAUAGUUGUCUGGGAUAUCCUUCAGAUCAGCAGCCCAUUACAUCAGUAUAUAUAUUUUGCUUUCUACGUCAUUGGAGAUCUUACGUUAUUAAACAAGUUGACACAGCAAUACUUAUUGAAGUGGGCUAAGUGGGGAACUGAAUACAAGUAUUCUAAUGAUAUUAUUUCUUAUACUAUGUUAUUAUCUCAUGGGGCUAAGAUUUUUCCAAUUUUGAUGUUGAUAUGGCCAUACGACAGUUUGAUAUCAACGAGCAUUAUAAAAUGGAUAGCUAAUUUCUACCUCAUCGAAUCAUUAAAAAUUGUUACUAAUAAACCCUAUUCUCAGAUAAUUUUGCUGUUCACAUGCGUAUUUUUAAUACGGUGCGUUGUGGUGAAGUCAGUGCUGACAUUGAUUUUAUCCAAAGGAAAUAUAAUUGAAAUCCAAAGUUAUAUUAGAGGUGAAUUUGAGUUACUUAGGUAUAGAUACCUUUCAAAACGUGAUAUUUUCCUAUAA